AUGUCGAAUCGUCAUUCGUCAUCAACAUCACGGCGUCUGGCACGUGCAGUCUCCAAAUCAGCCCUCCUUCUCACGGCCGCCCUUCCGCUAGCAUCUGCAUCCAUCGCCAACUUUCCCAGCAUCGACUUUGACCUUCUAGGUGCUGUCAGCAUUGCAGGCUCUUUCGCCGGUAUCGAGCUCUGGAAUCAGACCGGCUCUUCAACAAGUCCGAAUGCCACUUAUGACCCAGUUGCAUCUUCUCUCCUCUCCCGUGCUAGCAAUGGCACCGUCACUUUCAUCACCGCCACAGAAGAGGGCGGCACCAUCCGUGCCAUUUGCCAGAUGCAGUCUUCUCCCAAUACCGUCUUUGUAGCCGGCAACUUCUUCUCGAUAGGUGGCACAUCUGUCAGCAACAUUGCCUCCUACAAUCCUACCACGAAAACUUUCAGCGACAUGGCUGGAGGUCUUGAUGGCACCGUGCAAGCCGUCUACUGCGACAAUGAACACCAGCAGCUCAUCGUCGGUGGCUCCUUUUCUGGUCCCAACAACGGCAAGACCGAUCGCUACCUUGGGAACGUAGCUCAGUGGGACGUAGCAGCAUCAAGGUGGAACCCAGUCGACUUUGGCGGUCUUGAUGGCACCGUCAACACUAUCACAGCCGGAGGCAACUCUUCGCUAAUCCGAUUCGGAGGUCGCUUCGACACUCGCUUUGCCUCAAUGGGCGCCAACGGCGUCAGCUCUGGAACCAACACAUCUGCCUCAGCCCUGACAUCCGCUCUGACGCCCAUCUCGCUGGGUCAAGUCGAGUUUGUCGGCGGUCCCAGCUCCAGAGAUGCCGGCUUCGACAACCCGGCUCAGACCCUCUGUCCUCAAGGUCCCGACGGCAACGGCAACUCGUAUCUCUUCGAAGAUGGUGCCGAAGGUCGUCUCACCGUCCGUGCUUUCCGUGCUCUCAACGUGCGCGCCAUCCGACUCGGCAACACUUUCGUCGAUGGCCGUGGUACACGCACGUUUGCUAUCGUCUCCAUCCCCGACAACACAGAGCUCGAGUUAAUCUACCUCGAUCCAGCUACCGGCCAGAACGCAACUUGCACCAACAACUGUCCCCUCGCCCAUGACGCCGCCUUGCCAUAUCAAGAUUUCCUCAUCGCGGACACGCCUGCGAACAAUGCACCGGGCGGCGUAAAGGCCCUGACCGGUGUUCAGUUCACCGCGUCGUCCUACUACGGCACUGGAGCUGGUCUGCACGUUCUCGAGCUGCUCUCCGAAGGUGGAUGGGCCUACGCUUACAACGCCCUCAACCGUGGAGCCUGUGACUCGGAUCAGAGCGGUGUCAACGGUACCGACUCGUCCUCCACCAACGAAGGCGGCUGGUACACAAGCACCAUCAACACGCUCGCCGGCACAACCGAGCCUGUUCUCGCCUACACCGACUCGUACAGCAACCUUCAGUCCGCCGCGUCAUCUGCCACUGUCACUUUCGCUGUCGACGUUCCUGUCAACGGCAACUACACCAUCAACAUGUUUGUGCCAGGAUGCCAGGCCAGCGGGCAGUGCGGACAACGCACGGAUGUCAACGCCAACGUCUUUGCUGUUGAAGGUUCGCAGGGCAAUCUGACCCGAGUCUCGCAGACCAACGAGCAGGACCGUGUCGUCCAGAUCUACAGCGGAGAAGUCAACAAGGCCGCUACAGGCUUCCAGCCCACUGUAAUUCUCUCGAUUCCAUCCGAUGCUCCAGCACCCUCCGGUGGAGGUGACUUUACCGUCAUUGCCGACAAGGUCAGCUUCUUGCUGCGUGACAGCAACGAGACUAACCAGAUGGGUCGAUCAUCAGGCUUUGGCGUGCUCGAGUACAACCUCUUUGACCCUGCUGUCACUGCCCUGCAGAGCAACGGCACUGGCGUCUUGCCCAACACCACCAUGACCGCUCUUGAUGUCUUUUCCGCCACGCUCUUUGCCAGCGGAGUGCGCAGCAACGCCAGCGACAAUGCUGUUCAGGCCAUUGCAUCCGUGGGCUCGCGCACCUUCGUCGGUGGAUCCUUCAGGUCGCACGGCAAUGUCACUUUUGCCAACAUUGCAGGCUUCGACUCAGGAUCCGAUGGCAGGACUCCCAUCGCCAUCGCCAACGGAGGCCUCAACGGUCCUCUUGAGGCGCUGGCAGGACUUGGGAAUGAACUCUUCGUCGGAGGCAGUUUCACCGGUACCGCCGACAACUCGGUCUCAGCCUCGUACUUUGCCCGCUACGAUCCCGAUGCCAACGCAUGGUCAGCAGUCAGUGGAGGGCCCGACGGCGCUGUCUCGGCCAUCUACCCGCUUGGUCCAGACGCGUUGCUGGUUGCAGGUGCUUUCGAGACGGUCAACGGAACCGGUCAGUCAGGUGGUUACGCGGUGUGGAACUCGACUUCCAACGGUUGGCAGACUCAGGCCAGUUUCGUCUCGGCAGAGAUGACAGCUGCCUUUGCCGACUUUGCCUCUUCAUCCCAGCAGAGCUUCUUGGCCGGAAGUGUUCGUGCUUUGAGCCUCCAGUCGGCGUCUGGCGCUGCACAGAUGCAUGCUCCAGACAAGAACGGCAACUUGCCCGUCAUCGAGUCGCUCAACUUCCAGUUCGCUACGCCUGCUGGCUCUUCUGCUUCUGCAAUCUCGUCGGCUAGCCUUGCACGCAGGCGCAACUUCCAACAGCAGCAGCGAGAGCAACAGCAGAGACGGAACGAACAGCAGGUUCUGCAGAAGCGAGGCAACGGCGCUGGCUUUGGCUCCAAGUUGCGUUCAUUGCUCCCGCGAUCGCCUUUGAGCGGCAACGAUGCUGACGCUGCCUCAGCGCACGUGCCAUCAUUGACCAAGCGUGCAGACAUCAUGUUGCCCGCCUCGCUCGUGUCGAGCGGCCAGAACGAGAUCCUAGCCAGCGCCUUUUGGCAAAGAGACGACGGCUCCUUCGUCAACAUCCUCGGCGGCAACUUCACCACCACCACUGGCAUCCGCAACCUCGCUUUCUACGACGACUCGAGAAACACCGCCUCUGCCUUCCCUGAACGAUCCACCUCAGCCAACCGCCCAGCUGUGUCGGCGAUUCGCUCGUUGCUCGUCGACGCCGACAUGCUCUAUGUCGGUGGUGAUGGCGGCUUUGAAGCCUACGACCUCAAGAAGGGCAGCUGGGUCACCAAUAGCGCUCCUCUCACUGCCAGCUCAGGCCAAGUGCUCUCCGUGACCGCCAUCAACCACCGUCCUGACACCACGCAGCUCAUUGUCUCCGGCGAUUUUGCGUCUGCUGGCUCGCUUCCUUGUCUCAACGUUUGUCUCUGGGACACCAACGGCAUGCGAUGGUUACCUUUGAGCGCUGGUCUCAGCGGCCAGAUUUCCGCAAUUGACUUUGCCGGUGGCAAGGCCAAUCAGCUCAUCUUGGCCGGAUCCAUGACUGUCAACGGAGCUGAAGCCUCGCUCGCCAGCUACAACUUUGACACUCAAGUCUGGGCCGCCUUGGGCAGCGUUGGUAGAGGCGCCAACCAGAUUCCUGGACCAGCGACAGCCCUUAGCGUCGACGAUCUCAAUGCCAAUGCCAUCUUUGUCGCAGGCCGUACUGCCGAUGGAAGCGCGCCAUACCUCGUUAGGUGGGACGGUACCCAGUACACAGCCGUUGGCACUGGUCAGUUUCUUCCGGCGACAGGCAUUUCGCAGUUGACAUUCGUUCCCAUCUCAAAGGCGCAUCCCAGCAACCCUAUUCUCGAGGACAACCGUCUGCUCGUGAUUAGUGGCGCUUUGACAACGCAGGACUACGGCAACAUUUCGAGUGUCUUUUUCGACGGUCAAAACUAUUCGCCUUUCUUGCUCGCCACCAACCUUGAUGGGUCCUCCGGUAUUGUGCGUGCCUUCAGCCGAUCGACGGAGGUGCUACGCUUCCCCAACCUUCAUCACCUGGCUGUUGGGCUUGUUAUCCUGAUCUCGAUCGCCAUCGGUCUUGGAAUCGUCUUCCUCUUGGUGCUGCUUGGCUUGAUCUGGGCCGUUGCGAGGAGACGACCCGAGUCGCGCGACGUAGAUGUACCUCUCUCGGCCAGUGACGAUUCGCUCGGUCUGGGUGAGAAGAAGCGACCAUCAAGCUUGCUGGCCACGCUCAACGCAGCUACUGAGAACGCUAUGCUCGGCGAGAACGGUACGGCGGCUGGUGUUGGUGCCGCGGGCGUAGGUGCUGCUGGAGCUGCUACAGCUCGUCACGGUCUACAAGACUCGCACGGUCAAAACUUGAGUGACGAGGCUGGCAUGUCCAAUUACCACAGCGAUGGUGAUCGCACUGGCCAAAGCGCUCACACACAGUACCAUACCGACGAUGGUGGCUUCUCGGACGCAGAAGCUGGCCUAGCCAUGACUGGCACUGGUGCCGAGGCAGCAGCAGCAGCUAACGGUGGUGGUCAAGAAGACUCGCCGAUGGAAGGCAUCCCCGCUCAUGCAAGAUACGACUUUGUACCCAAUCACGAGUCGGAGUUGCCUCUCACAGCGGGCGAGCCAAUCGAGAUCUUGGAUGACCAGGAUCGUCACUGGUGGCUGGCCAGGAACACCCAAGGCCAGACUGGUGUCGUUCCAAGUGCCUAUGUGAUGUGA